AUGUCGGACGACGCCGCGAACGACGCGAACGACAUGACACCUCUGCUGCCGCGUCCGACUCCAAACCCUCCACAAGCAGACAGCCAUCCCAUCUACCUCCGAGCAUGCCAUUCACCGUGGAAAUCUAUCAAUCAGAAGGCCCUCCUUGCCAUCCGCACGAUAGUCGCUGGAUACUUGACCGCCGUCAUGGUUGUCUCGCUCAUAUACAAGCUCGGGAAUGGUGAUGACCAUGGCCCAUUGCGCAUUCCGUUCCAGUUCUCGACCGUCGCCAACGUCUUGCUCUGGGCAUACCAUAUGCAAGUGACGCUCUGGACCGGCAUGCAUCUGUUCAUGCCUCGCUCCAUCGAGGACGACCCCGAAAUGUGUCAUGGUCAUAUGCUGAGAGUCCGAAUCGCCCGCGUGCUGUCCCCGCCGGAAAAGGUGGACUCGUACAACAAACGCUUCACAUUCAGCAUGUUCUAUACCAUCGCUCACGUCUUCACCUUCAUGAACACGCUGAUCUACUGGGGCAUCCUCGUCCCAACGGGCCAUGGUGGCUUCAAGCCUCCCACUAUGCCGCACCACGACCACCCAUCGUCGAUCAGCACCGCGAAUGGCACCCCGAUCACACUGUAUGAUGCAGACAAGGGUUUGUUCGAGGAGGGUCCACUCAAGGCGUUCAGCAUCAUCAACGUCUGGACGAUCACGUCGCUCAUUGCGGUUAUCGAGAUUCUUUUCCUCAACAGCAUCAGACGCCAGAACCCUGUCGCAGGCCACGUAUAUGGCUGCGUGUUCUUGAGUGCCGUGUACCUUGCUUGGGCAGGCUUGGGCAUACUGUUGACUGGCCAUGGCGGGCUCUUCUUUCUCGAUCCCAAGCUCAUGGGCGAUGUCCCCGGGGCAAACAUCGCAGCUGGCCUCGCAUUCAUCUCGAUGACUCCUGGAAUCUUCGCAUACAUGUACGGUCUCAUUGCGAUGCGCGAAACGGUGACUGCGGCCCAACGUAGUUCAUCUCAAUGA